AGCUUUGCUUCCCUGGCUCCUCUCUGCAUCCUCCCCACCCUGCCAACAACAUGCACCUUGCCAGUUUGGUCAGCUCCUGCUCCCUCCUACUGCUAUUGGGGGCCCUUCCUGGAUGGGCAGCCAAUGAUGACCCCAUUGAGAAGGUCAUUGAAGGAAUCAACCGAAGGCUGAGCGAUGCAGAGAGAGAGGUGGGCAAGGCCCUGGAAGGCAUCAAUAAUGGAAUCACUCACGCUGGAAGGGAAGUGGAGAAAGUUUUUAAUGGACUUAGCCACAUGGGGAGCCAGGCCGGCAAGGAACUGGACAAAGGCGUCCAGGGGCUCAACAGCGGCUUGGACAAGGUAGCCCAUGGGAUCAACAAUGGCAUCGGACAAGCAGGAAAGGAGGCAGAGAAGUUUGCCCAUGGGGUCAACAACGCUGCUGGACAGGUUGGGAAGGAGGCAGACAAAGUGAUUCAGGGGGUCCAUCAUGGGGUCAACCAGGCGGGAAGUGAGGCAGGGAGGUUUGGCCAGGGGGGCCAUCAUGCUGCUGGGCAGGCUGGCAAUGACGCGGGGAGGUUUGGUCAGGGGGUCCAUCAUGGAGUUAACCAGGCUGGGAACGAGGCAGAAAAGUUUGGUCAGGGAGUCCAUCAUGGGGUUAACCAGGCGGGGAAGGAGGCGGAGAAGUUUGGUCAAGGGGUCCAUCAUGGGGUUAACCAGGCGGGGAAGGAGGCGGAGAAGUUUGGUCAGGGAGUCCAUCAUGGGGUUAACCAUGGGAAGGAGGCGGAGAAGUUUGGUCAGGGGAUCCACAAUGCUGCUGGGCAGGCUGGGAAAGAGGGAGACAAAAUAGUUCAAGGGGUCCACCAUGGAGUUAACCAGGCUGGGAAGGAGGCGGAGAAGUUUGGUCAGGGGGUCCAUCAUGGGGUUAACCAGGCUGGGAAGGAGGCAGAGAAGUUUGGUCAGGGGGUCCAUCAUGGGGUUAACCAGGCUGGGAAGGAGGCAGAGAAGUUUGGUCAGGGGAUCCACAAUGCUGCUGGGCAGGCUGGGAAAGAGGGAGACAAAAUAGUUGAAGGGGUCCACCAUGGAGUUAACCAGGCUGGGAAGGAGGUGGAGAAGUUUGGCCAUGAUGUUCAUUAUGCUGCAGGGCAGGCUGGGGAAGAGGGAGACAAAAUAGUCCAAGGGGUCCAUCCUGGGGUCAGCCAGGCUGGGAAGGAGGUGGAGCACUUUGGCCAGAGAGUUCACCAUGCCGUUGAACAGGCUGGAAAGGAGGCAGACAAAGUGGUCCAAGGGGUGCACGAUGGGGUCAACCAGGCCGGGAAGGAGGCAGAGAAAUUUGGCCAAGGGGUCAACCACGCUGCUGGCCAGGCUGGAAAGGAAGCGGAGAAACUUGGCCAAGGUGUCCACCAUGCUGCUGGCCAGGCCGGGAAGGAGGUGGACAGGUUGCCGCAGAAUGUUCAUAAUGGGGUCAACCAAGCCGGCAAGGAGGCCAACCAGCUGCUGAAUGGCGCUCAUCCAGGCGUUUCCACCGGCCAGCACGGAGGGGGAGCAGCCACAACAUUGACAUCUGGAGCCUCGGUCAACAAGCCCUUCAUCAGCUUUCCAGCUCUGUGGAAGAGCGUCGCCGACAUCAUUCCCUAAACUGAUGCACUGGCCUCACUCAGCAGACUGACAUCCUGUUGUCAUACUAGCUGAAAUGACCCAGAGGAGCUGGGGGCCGGGAGGGGGGCAGACUUCCUGAGUCCCGGGAGCGGGCUGUACUGGGAUUUGUGAAUAAAUAUGACACGUUAUACUCUCA